AUGAAGUUCCAUGUGGUGAAGGAGCAGAAGAGCUGGACAGAAGCUCAGCAGUACUGCAGAGAGGAGUUCACUGACCUCGCCACCAUAGACGACAUGACAGAGAAUGAGAAGGUGAAGAGCAUGAUCCAUGCAGGUGAAAAUGCCUGGAUUGGGCUGAAGAGGGGAGACUGGCAGUGGUCUCUGGCUGACAGGGAUUUCUACGGAGAGAAUGAAGCAGAGUUCAGAAACUGGGCUCCAGGCCAACCCAAUGGAGGUGGAGAAGAGUGUGGGUUUAUGUGGCAUGGUGGGAAAUGGCAUGACUUCAGGUGUCACGAAAGCAGUCCCUUCAUCUGCUAUGAUGGGGGAGACUCCACACAUCCCUAUGUGCUGGUUAAUGAGGAGAAGACCUGGGCAGAUGCUCAGAGAUACUGCAGAGAACAACACACAGACCUGGCCAGUGUGAGGAAUCAGGCAGAGAACGACCAGAUAAAGGGAGUCAUAGCACACAGCAGUCAUGACCAGAUAGAGGGAGUUAGAGGAGAUAAAGAAGCCUGGAUUGGCCUGUUCAGAUAUACCUGGUCAGACGGCAGCAGUUCCACAUUCCGUCACUGGGGCGCUGAAGAACCUAAUAAUAAGGGUGUUGCGUGCACUGAAAUUAUGCCCAGUGGUCAGUGGAAAGAUGCAGACUGUCAGCAUAAUGAUGGUAGUCACUUCAUCUGCUAUGAAGAUGAGCUGGUUCUGGUCCGUGAGAAUAAGACCUGGAGAGAGGCGCUGCAGUAUUGCCGAGAGCACCAUGUGGACCUGGUGUCUGUGACGUCCGAGCGGGUCCAGCGCUGGGUGAGUGAGCGGGCUAAAGGAGCCUCCACUGCUCACGUGUGGGUGGGCCUGCUCCACUCCUACGGUGUGGGCUGGUACUGGGUCUGUGGACAGACCGUCUGCUACAGCAACUGGACCCAAGGGCAGCAGGUGGAGUCCUUCCCUCAAGGAGUCGGGGCAGUGGAGUCUGGAGGGGGGCAGUGGGUCAGCAACCUCACUAAGACUGACCAACUCAACUUCAUCUGCACCACUGAGGCCUAG